AUGCUGAAUAAUGCUGUGAAGAGAGAGACUGAAAAAUAUUGUUGUUGCUAACAUGGGUUACUUAUCUUUUACACCUCUGUAAGAAUUAUCCUUGUAUUUCUAACUAGCACACACUUUACCUUGUUAUUGAUGGCUGCCAUGUUUUCUGAGCCAAACAUUAGGAUAAAACAUGUAAUAAACAAGAGUAUCUUUGGGAAAAGGCAACUAUAUUAAAUCGGAAUCAUUACAGAAACAGGACUUGAGGGUCGUGUAACUCCUAAAAAUGGUUAGUAAUUAAAUAAUAAAGGAGCUAUGAUCUCGUUCUACGUAUAGAAAGGAAACUAAACAUUUUGGUAUAGUGAUUAGAAACAUUAACGAGAGUCGAUAGAAAGAAAACUGGGGCUUUUCGCAUCUCCUGAUCAGUCGGGCACUCCAGGGACUCCAGGGCCCGGCCAAUCUCCCGCUAGGGCACCGCCUGGGGGCGGACACCGAGCCUGGCAUUCUGAGCAGCGCACUGUGGGGCACGCACGCCUGCGCUGUGGCCUCGCUGGCGUUCUAGAGUAAGGUUGCUAGUUUGAGUGUCCAUGGCAACGCGACGCUUCUGCCUUCUGGAAGCCUGCACUCCAGCUCCCCGUUGGAACAAUGCCUCUGGAGGUGGUGGUAGAGCUGCAGAUCCGGGCGGUAUUUGAAAAUGCAAUAGAUCCUGGAGCUGUAGUAGACCUUUUAGAAAGCUUUCUAACCAGGUUUGAAUUAAUACAACUAGUGCCACCAGUGUGGGAUGAGUUGGCCUACUAUGAAGAAAACACACGGGAUUUUCUUUUCCCUGAGCCCAAGUUGACGCCUUCACAUCCUGGGAUGUGUAGGGAGGUACUCAUGAAGACGGCUAUAGGUUUUCCGGGAAUUGCUCCCAAAAUAGAAUUUUCUACCAAGACAGCCAUCAGAGAGUGUGUGUUUCUGCAUAGAAACAGAUUUCUUGAAGAAAGAUAUAAAUCACAGAAGCCUUUAUUCACAUCACAUGGACCAGUAUAUCCCUUAAAUAAUAAAAAGAUGAAGCCAAAGGAGAAUCAUUUUAACAGAAUGCCCAAAGGCAUGCAGUCUCCAGUAUCCUCUCCAUAUACUACCAGACGUUUGUUCCAGGACCAACCAGCUCAGUUGAACGUUGGAAAUAAUUUCAGAAUCUCUGGAGAAAGCAAGCCUCCAUUUGUAGUUAGACAUGUGGACAGUGCAAAGCCCUUUGGUGAGAGUGUUUCAGAGCAUCAUUCGCGGAAGUCUAAAAGGAAAUCUAAAUUUUCAGACUUCCCAUUUCCAUUGAGAAGAGCUUCUUCUCUUGACAGCCUUGCAGCUAACGUAAAGGUUAUCAAAGAGCCAGAUGAACGGAUUGUUUUAAGGCGUGAAUCACCAUCACCUUUAGAUUCAAGUAAGUUUGGAAAGCUCUUACCCAGUAACCGAGGAGAUGCCAAUUUCCACCAGGAAACUUCACUUGCCACCCUUCAGCAUUCCAGAUCUCUUAGUCCUCUGGAUCAGCCCUUUCUCCAAGAAAGGUUCCAUCCUAGUUCUCAGGCUACGUGGAAGAAGAUCCAUGAAAGGGUGUGUGGUCUUCUGACAUCCCACAGAGCUCAGCAGCAUCCAAACAAGGAAGAUUCUACCUCUGAGGUAAAUAAUACCUUUGAAAGAUCAAGUUACCCUCCAAAGAAAUACCCACUGCAUGAGCCAAGAUAUUUUUAAGCUGCUAACCUAUGGGAAAAUGAAUGAAGGCUGAAGGAGGAUCAUGAAGCAAGUCACUUAUCAAAGCAACUGACACAUCCUUAGAGAAAUGAGCAACAUUUGUUGUCUGUAUUGAGUCACUGGUGUCUAGCCCCCUUUAAAUCAAACCUUGUACUCAAUCUUUUGUGCCCAGAAAUGGACACUCAUUUAAAUU